CAGGAAAAGGAGAGAUUUUUUGGAAGUGACAUUUGAAAUUGCAUAUCGAGUUUACUUUCGAUCACAUUCGAUCAAUCGACUAUUGAUGUAAGAUAACGAGGUUAGGUUUCCGAAGUGACAGGUCCUCGGUGCGAAACUUUCGUGGAUGUUGCCAGGAUUUCAGGCGUCUUGAUUUAUCGUCUCCGUUUCUUUAACUGAAAAAUGGAAGUUAAAACGAAGAGUGAACACUUACUAGCUCUGAAAGUGAUGAGAUUGACAAGACCCACUCUAGCAAGUCCUGUAGUUGUUACGUGUGAUUCAACAGACUUGCCAGGUAACACACUGAACAAUGAACUCAAGAAUGAUUGCACAGCUUUACAGGGUAUGGAAGCACUCGCUAUAGGACAGUUUAUGGUACUGCCUCAGAGUUUCGGAAACAUAUAUUUAGGAGAAAUAUUUUCCAGUUAUCUGUGUGUACAUAAUGGUAGCAAUCAAGUUGUAAAAAACGUCACUGUAAAGGCGGAUUUACAAACGAGCACACAGAUAAUCUCCCUAUCAAGCAGUAACUUGGAAGGCAAAGAAUUGGCACCUGACAGUACAGUAGACGAAGUAAUUCACCAUGAAGUGAAGGAGAUAGGUACGCAUAUAUUGGUCUGCGAAGUGUCUUACACCUGUGCAAAUCAAGUUGGAUCUCCGCUGUCAUUUAGGAAGUACUUCAAGUUCCAAGUGGUCAAGCCACUGGACGUGAAAACCAAAUUUUAUAACGCCGAGUCAGACGAGGUGUAUCUCGAGGCACAAAUUCAGAAUCUAACGGCCGGGCCGAUCUGCUUGGAGAAAGUCGCCCUGGAGUCGUCCCAUUUAUUCAUCGUGACCACGUUAAAUACGAACGAGGAAGAGGAAUCCAUCUACGGAAGCGUGAAUCUGCUGGACACAGGCUGUAGCAGGCAAUAUCUGUAUUGUUUAAAACCACAGCUGAGCUUACUGAAAGAUCCGAAAAUGAUGCAGAAUGCCACGAAUAUCGGCAAAUUGGACAUCGUGUGGCGGAGCAAUUUAGGAGAGAGAGGAAGGUUGCAGACCAGCCAGUUGCAAAGGAUGGCACCCGAGUACGGAGAUCUAAGGGUCACCGUAAAAGACAUCCCUUUGAAGGUCUACCUCGAGGAGCCGGUUAAUUGCAAAUGUCACAUUAUAAAUACCUCAGAAAGAAGUAUGGAUCUGCUGUUGAGCUUGGAGUCGAAUGAUUCCAUAGCUUGGUGCGGGAUGUCGGAUACGACGAUAGGCACUCUGAAGCCUGGAGCUUCUAUAGACAUACCUCUCUGUUUGAUCACGCUGGACACAGGCAUCAUCACCGUCUCCGGCCUGAAACUGACGGACACAUUCCUAAAGAGAGUUUACGAGUACGACGAUUUAGUGCAGAUUUUCGUGAAUCAACUGGAUUGAAAGAUGCACGUACGUGAUAAGA